AUGGACAAAAAAGACGCCGAGCUGGCGGAGCUCCGCGCGCUCGUCGCCAAGCUCAGGGGCGAAGCGAGCGAGGCGCAGCGCGAGCGGAGCAAAGCCGAGGCCAAGGCGUGGGAGUGGAGACGGGCGCUGCGAGUCUCGGAAAAGGCUGCGAAAGACGCGGCGGGGCUCCUUCGGCGACGCGACGAGACGCACACGGAAGAGCUUAAACGGCGCGAGAAUUCCGUUCCGGAGAAGACUCCCGAACCCAGAAGGACGAGUUGGGUGCCGCCGGGUCGCACGAGCGUUACGAGUCCGAAACGCACGCCGCCUCGCGCGAGCCCUCGUUCCUCGACGCGUUCGGUCCUCUCCACGCCUCCGAGCGCCACGCGCCGCUCCCCCGGAGCAGCGGGAGGCGACGAAUUCGGAGGGGGCGUCUUGGACCCAAAGCCGCACCCGAGCACGGUGGAAUCCGCCAGGCUGGAGGCGGAGGAGCUCGCGACGCGUCGGCGGGUUCGCGAGGAAACCGGCGUCGACGUCUUCGCCCCUUUCGGGUCUCCGCCCGCGGUGGACCGGGACGUCGCGUACGGUUCACGUUCGACGCCGUCCCGGCGCCAAUUGCACCUUCGAAGCCCUCACAAACCUUUAGCCGCCGACGCCGAGACGGCUUCGCUGCGAACCGAGUGCGCUUCGCUGAGGAUCGAAAACGAGCGCCUCGCGCGGGACGUCGCGCGCUGGCGCGCGGAGGCGGCCGCCGUCGCGGACCAGGCUCGCGAGUCCGAGCGCUCGACUUUCACGCGAGAACAGCGACGGCUGGAAAAGGCGCUCGCCGACGCCGACUCGAAAAAUAGAGUGUUGGCCACGGAGGCGAAGACGCUGCGGGAUUCGCGCGACGACGCGCUGGCGAGCGCCGUGGUUCAGGCGGGAACCGAGGCGAGGGUCCUCCGCGACGAGCUCGAGGCGGUGAGCGCGGAUUUGGAGGGGUCGAGACGCGAUUUGAGCGCCGCGAUUGCGAGGGAGGAUGCGCUUCAAUCCCGACUCGCGGCGCACGAGAUUCAAUUGGCGAAUUAUAAAUCGCAAUCGGCUUCGGCUCCCAACGACGACGUGGACAAGGAGAGGAUCACGCGAGCCAACGCGAGGAUCGCGGAGCUGACGAACGCGCUCGGCGAGGUGGAGGACGAGCGGUUCGAGUUGAGGCGCGCGCUCGAGGCGCACGUCACCGCGCUCGUCGAGGCUAAAGUCGACUCGGCGGAGCUCGCGGGUACCGUCGCCGAGUUGCGGAAAGAACUCGCGAGGGUCAACGUGCGGUACCAGCGGGCGGCGGCGAGGUGCGCGAAGAUGGAGGCUCGCGAGGUGCGCGGGGACGCGGUGGCGCGGGUGGGGCAUCGCGGGUCGGGGCGGGUCGGGGACGACGCCGCGAACUCUCCCGCGUGAUCGAUCAUGACUAGAAACUAAAUGAAUAAUUAAAUUUUAGGCAACCA